UGUGACCUUUUGAAGAACCAGCGAUCGGUACAAAUCUAACCUCUACAAGUCUACGUUUUAAGACCUUAACCGUCAACACCGUUAAUUUUGUGUUGAAAGUGUAAAAUGUCUUUCUUUAAGAAACCCAAGAAAAAUAUUAGAAGACGGCCCUUGGGUGUUGGUGAAGAAAGUACUGAAGAAUAUGGAGAUCAAAUGGAUGUGGAUGAUGAGGAGCAAAGUAUGGCUCAAAUCAGGGAGAAAAUUGCUAAGGCCAAGAAGAAAGAGAAAGAGCAACGUAAACAAACACUACUUAGUUUUGAAGAAGACUUUAACGAAGCUGAUGAUGGAGAGGUUUUUCAAGUUCGGAAGUCAUCACAAAGCAAAAAGAUGAUGAAGCUCUUGGAUAAGGAAAGGAAAAAGAAGAAAGAAGUGAAAGUUGAGAAAAUGGAAAUUGAAGAUGAUGCGUCUUGUAAGGACAAGGAGAUAAUCACGGGUGAUCUUGUUAUGGUUGUUAAGCAAAGUGAACCAGUUCGACUGGCAGCACCUGUACUUAAUGGUCGACAGGCAGAGUUGGCAGACCCUGAUUACCAGAGUGAUGAUGAUGAAGAAGAGAGCGCAAAGCCUCAGAAAGCAACAGAACAUAAAUUCUCUCAGCCUGAUAAUAUGAAGAUAAUUCUUGAAAGUGGUCGUAUACCAGAUGCUGCCAUGAUUCAUGCAGCAAGAAAACGCAGACAAAGAGCAAGGGAAAUGGGUGGAGAUUUUAUACCUGUAGAAGAUACACAAAAAUAUAAUAAUUCUUCAACAAAGUCUCGUCUUGUUCGUGAAGAUGAUAAUGACAAUAGUGAUGAUGAAGAAGAGCCUGUACAAAUGGCUGUACCUUCAGCAGCAAGGGAUAGGGACAGGAAAAGGGAAGCUUUUCUAUCUGUUCAAAAUGAUGACAGCGAUCAUGAAAGUGACAAGGGUGAGGAAGAUGAAUGGGAGUCCCAACAAAUUCGUAAAGGAGUAACUGGAGCUCAGUUAGCUGCAGUUCAGCAUGAAACUUUAUACCAACAGCAGUAUGCAAUGCCCAUGCCUCCCCCAGCUAGUUUGGAAGCCCCUGCUGUGGCUAUGGAUAUGUCACCAAUCAACACUUCUAUAUCAGAUAACACUCUGGAGACAGGUUCUGUGGUAGAAAAAAGGUUUAGUGCUUUGAAAUCAGAAAAUGGCACUGAUACACCUCAGAACAUUUCUGCCAAAUUGAAGGAGAGGUUGAAAGACUUGCAAGAAGUUCAUCGCAGACAUUGUUUAGAUCAAGACCAAGUUACAGAUGAUUUGAUUGCAACACAAAGCGAGGUCCGACGCCUUGAGGCUGAAACACCGAAACUUGCAGAGCGUUUUCGCUUUUACCAAGAGUUGCGUGGGUAUGUCACAGACUUGGUAGAAUGUCUUGACGAGAAGAUGCCGAUCCUUGUAAAUUUGGAGCAGCGUGUUCUCUCUCUAUGGCGUAAACGUGCAGAAGAGUUAAUUUCAAGAAGAAGACAAGAUGUUCUAGACCAAGCCAAUGAAAAUGCUCCUUCCAAUGCUAAACGUAAUAAGGAAGAAGAAGAUUCUCGAACGCGACGAGCCGCAGAACGAGAAGGACGUCGUAUACGGAGGAGCAAAGCUCGUGAAUCAACUAAGUUUGGAAAUAUCAAUCCACCGAAACAUCUUGAUGGCAUGUCAAGUGAUGAUGAAAUGACUGAACUGGAAAUAACAUCAUUCCGUGCUCAAAAAGAUGCUAUAGAAUCUGAUGCUCAUCUUGUUUUUGAGGAUGUUGUAGAUGAGUUCUGCACAGUUAAAUCAGUAUUGAAACAUUUUGAGAGAUGGCGUGUCAAAGAUUGGGAGUCCUACACAGAAGCUUAUGUUAGUUUAUGCAUUCCUAAAGUUUUGUCUCCCCUACUUAGAAUACAGAUGCUCAUGUGGAAUCCUUUAUUGGAUGAAUUUAAUAAGAUAGAGAAAAUGAAGUGGUUUGACAGUUUACUCUUAUAUGGAUUGGAACAGAAAGAAACUGAAGAGGGUCUGAAAAAUGACCCAGACCUCAAGCUUAUUCCUUUAGUAAUCGAAAAGGUUGUGUUACCAAAACUUAAAGACGUUGUGGAGGCAACUUGGGACCCUCUCUCCACUUCCCAAACACAAAGACUAGUGUUGCUUUUGAGCCAUCUCCUGCAAGAGUAUCCAUCGCUGGUGAGCUCAAGUAAACCCCUCAACAAUUUACUCUCAGCCAUUGUUGAAAAAAUGAAAUCAGCGGUGGAAAAUGAUGUAUUUAUUCCUAUUUACCCCAGGCAAUUCUUAGAUGCGAAAUCUAGUCAGACCUCAAAUGUUGCUCCGGGAAUGCCAGCUUUUUUCCAGCGCCAGACUACUAGUGCCAUCAAAUUACUACGAAACCUUCUUUGCUGGCAGGGUGUAGUCAGUGACUUAGUCCUUCAAGAAGUUGCUCUUGGUGCACUUUUAAAUCGUUAUCUCAUGGUUGCACUUCGUACUUCUGAUCCGAUUGAUGCUGCAGCAAAAUGUCAUAUGAUUGCAAGUACAUUCCCCAAGUGGUGGUUUCAAAGUGAAGCUAAACUUCCUCAACUUCAAAUGUUUGCUAAUCAAUGUAAACAUAUAAUAACACUCCUGGAUGUUACUUCUCCUGCUGGAAGGCAAGGAUUAGAAAGAAUUAGUGUGAUUCUGAAAACAUUAGCACCAGUUAUUACCCCUCCAUAAAAGAAAUGGAGCUCUCAUCUAUUAGGAUACAAGGAACUAGGUAGUUGAACUUAAAUGGCAAUAGUUGAGAAUGAACUUCUGAAUGUGUAGACUAAUGAAACAGAGAUACUUGUACUUGUAUUCUUUUGGAAAUUACCCUACCCUAUUCUUUAACCUGAGAAAUUUCCUAUUGUCUCUGCUAAUUAACACUAAUUUAAUUUGUUUCACCUCUAGAAAUCAACUUUUAACAGGUGGAUUUUUACACACACCUUCCAAUGUGUAUCACAGGGUGUUAAAAUCAAUAGAUUUUCUUUGUACUCAUAUUUAAUUUCCUCUGUGUGGUCUUUGAGGUGUUUUUGUGAGCCCCUGGCUUUUAGUCUAUCUGUGGGGAAACAUGAAUUUUAAAUAGCUAAUGUAUUUUUGUAUUUGAUUUUGACUUGGCAAUAAUUGUCUGAUGCUUAGGCUGUGAAAAAGAAACUGGCUUAGUUAGUGAAUGCAUAAAAUGUUAGCUAGCAGUAGUCGUACACUUUAAAAAACAAGGAGGAAAGAAAACACAAAAUUAAUUUUGUGUGAAUACUGGUACUCGUUCUUUACAGAAACCCUUUCAGUGCUCAGUUGCUUUACAUCUAUAUAGUUGUAGAAUCAACGAGUGUUGUUCUGUCAACAUGUGUCACGUUUCUCUGAGAAUAUAUAUUAUUAUUAAACAUGUACCAUAUGAAACUGGAUGAUGACGAAAUUAAAUAUGAAUCUACAGUUGGCGGCACAAUAGCAGAAGCAACAUCGGCAGACGGGACUUAGACUGAAAACUUGUGAAAUCUGUUAAGAGUUCUCAAAAUUUUGCUAUUAGACCAAAACAAUCUUCAUUGCUUCCAGUAAUACUAGCAAACGAAGUUUCGAAUGGUAGUAUUGUCAUGUCUGUAUGCGCUUCGUGCUCCAAGAUGAAGAUUCGUUGUGCGGGACGGGUCUAUCGACUUAGAACGAAAACCGGCGAAUUUUGUUAAGAGUUCUCAAAAAAGUAGUGUCAAACUUGAAAAAAUGUCCAUUGUUGGUCACGCCUACAACAUUCCCAGUUUCGAAUGGUACAAGUAUCAUAAGUGUACAUAUUCUGUACUCCGAGCAUGAAUAGCGUUACGCGUGACAUCGCACUGAGAUCAAUACUCGUUCUUCUACCACUGAGUAGGUGCAGGUGGUGGUAAAGAACGAGUAAAAAAGUUUUGAGAAACUUUGAGUUGAUGGUCUUCAGCAGUACAGCAGCCAAAACAAAAUGUUUCAAAAAACACAUAAUAUAAUGUUAUUUAAAGUGUACUUUCACUGCUCUCAGUUUCUUGCUCAUUAUAUCAAGAAUGUUAAUUUACUUUGAAAGUAAACACGAAUGUUUUGUACCUCACUUUACCUUUCAGUACCAAUAUCUGCCUGUCUUUUCCUUCCUCUUUACACAUUGCCUUUUGUUAGCUUCCCAUUGCAAUCUUUAUCUUCUGAUAAUUGACUUAUUUU